AUGCCCGAGUGUGGAUUCCAGAAGUUGUACAGUAAAUAUGGCGUAAGGCACUGCGUUCUGUUUGAUAAGCAAUCUCACUGGCCAUAUUUUCAAGGCCUCAAACCUUACACUUACAAAUACACAUCAGGCAACCAUCGAAAUGAUCAUCAGCUAUCAGUUGCCUACUCCGUUGUUGGUAUACCACUUAUGCUGGCGGUACUGAAUGAUGUCGGAAGUAUCUUGCUGCGCUGUUUGACCAAAAUUUACAAUAUGUGCCGUCGAUUCUAUUGGUAA